AUGGCACUGCUGAAAGUCAAAUUCAACCAGAAGAAGCGGGUAAAACUAGCCCAGGGACUAUGGCUCAUGAACUGGUUUUCAGUGUUUGCUGGAAUCAUUGUUUUUAGCAUGGGGUUGUUCCUCAAAAUUGAGCUCCGGAAGCGAAGCGAAGUGAUGGACAAUUCUGAAAGCCAUUUUGUGCCCAAUUCUUUGAUAUUGAUGGGUAUAUUAUCCUGCGCCUUCAAUGGUUUUGCUGGCAAAAUUUGUUACGACUCUCUGGAUCCCACUAAAUUUGCCAAGUGGAAACCUUUGCUGAAACCUUACCUGGCACUAUGUUUCCUCUUCAACAUACUCAUUUUCUUCGUCGCUCUGAUUUGCUUUCUCAUGAGGGGCUCUCUGGAGAGCACGCUGGCUCAGGGGCUGAAGAACGGCAUGAAGUUCUACCGGGACACAGACACCCCAGGAAGAUGCUUCAUGAAGAAGACAAUCGACAUGCUCCAAAUUGAGUUCAAAUGCUGUGGAAACAAUGGCUUCAAAGAUUGGUUUGAAAUUCAGUGGAUCAGCAACAGAUACCUGGACUUCAGCUCCAAGGAAGUGAAAGAUCGAAUCAAAAGCAACGUGGAUGGACGGUACCUGGUUGAUGGCGUCCCCUUCAGCUGCUGCAACCCCAGCUCCCCGAGGCCCUGCAUCCAGUACCAGGUCACCAACAACUCGGCUCACUACAGCUACGACUACCAGACAGAGGAGCUCAACCUCUGGGGCCGCGGCUGCCGGGAAGCCCUCCUGCACUACUACAGCAGCAUGAUGAGCUCCAUGGGUGCUGUCGUCCUCCUCGUCUGGCUUUUUGAGACAUCCGUGAUGGUUGGCUUGCGUCUUUUGCACACUUCUCUGGAAAGCAUCCCAAAUCCUGAAGACCCCGAGUGUGAAAGUGAAGGGUGGAUUCUAGAGAACGGCCUGAAGGACACUCUGAAAUCUGCAUUGGAGAGCUUGAAAAAGAUUGGUAAGUUCAAUCAGGUGGAAGCAGGCGCCGAAGGGGCUGAAGGAGAAGAAGCUGGGAAGACUCCAGCCAUCACAACGGUCAGUUGAGCUCCUAAAUGAUGUGGACUUUGAUAAAAAAGGAAUGAAAAAAACUGAGGACUGUGAAUACCUACUUUUUAAAAGCUGUGUAUCAACCAUCAGAAUACACAUUGCUACACGUGCUUUUUAUAUAUAUAUAUAUAUUAUCUAAAUAUGGGAGUAUACAGCAUA